ACGACGCGGGGCGAGAGGAAAAGUCUUCGCUCUCGGCUAAAAGCAAACAAAUCGGAGAUGGAAUAAGAGCGGCGAUUGCUGGAGCCCGCCUGGAUCCUCCUGGCAGUCGCGGGAGCGGAGCGCACCGGGCGCAGCGCCGAGGACAGCCAGGGCGACCGCGGGCGCCGCCGGGGGCUGCGGACACUUUGGUUUCCUCCCUCUCAGUCAACAAACCUUUUGAUUACUUUGACACUGUGGGAUAAAGACCAGAGACCAGAGACCGGCCUCGCGCGCUGCACCUCCCACUUGCUUCGGGGAGGGGACCCCUAGCUUGUAUGUGGAAACACUGCCGAGACCCCCUUUAGCCUUCGAAGGAGGUAGCACCCACACCCGCACUCGGGGUCACACUCGCUCGCACACACCGGCGGACUUCAGGUCCCUAUGCCCCUGGAUGGUGCCAGCGGACCGGCAUCUCCGAAGCGAUGCAUGAGCGGUAAGGCUGGCGUCGGCCCGCGGAAGCUACAGGACCAUCGCUAGGUGCUGCCGCCACCGGGACGCCCGGCUGCAGGAUGAGUAAGAGAUACUCACAGAAAGCCACACAAGGAAAGCUGCUGCUGAUCAUUUUUAUCGUGACCUUGUGGGGGAAGGCUGUUUCCAGCGCCAACCAUCACAAAGCUCACCAUGUUAAGACGGGAACUUGUGAGGUGGUGGCCCUGCACAGAUGCUGUAACAAGAACAAGAUAGAAGAACGGUCCCAGACGGUCAAGUGCUCCUGCUUCCCUGGACAGGUGGCAGGCACCACACGAGCUGCUCCAUCUUGUGUGGAUGCAUCCAUAGUGGAACAAAAAUGGUGGUGUCAUAUGCAGCCAUGCCUGGAGGGAGAGGAGUGUAAAGUCCUCCCAGAUCGGAAAGGGUGGAGCUGUUCCUCUGGAAACAAAGUGAAAACAACCAGGGUAACCCAUUAGCCACACAAAAAUCAAGUAAUCCUCAAGACUGAGAUCAUGGAGACACACAUAGAAACUUGACUCCUGCAUUGAACUCGAAGAUUUUUAUACCUCUUAGAAGAGGGGCUUUUAAGCCUAUUUUAAGGGAUUCCAUGGCUUGCUAUCAGCUUCUUAUUGAAAUCAAGACUUUAAAAAAACUCUGAAGUGAACUUUGUGUCCUGAAGAAGACUGCAUCAGCUGUCAACUGUGCUUAGCUAAUUGCACUUCUGAGGGAAGCAGACACUGCUCUCCACAAAGCUGGUGCAGAGUGGAUGUUCUGGAGGUAACACCAGAGACUGCCACCUGUAAGGUUCCUGGCUUCAGCUGUGACUGUUCUUGUUUCUGAAGCUGUCUCCCAAGUGCACUGUCCUGUCAUGGAUGUGUUCCUGGGUUCUUUGUUCACUGUCUGAUAGGACUGUUCACAGCUUUGAUGAUGUUUCCUUUGCGAACUCCUCUGGCAUGGCGCAGAUGGAGACAAUUGUACUGGUAUUCUAAUCUUGAAACACUGAGAGCCUACAUGCUUUAACAUCUCACACUUGUCUUUGAGAAAGGGAUGGAAGUGUUUCUGCAUUGAUAAUGAUAAUCAUUGGCAAGUCACCGUGAUCUGAAUACAUCAGUCAUAUAAGAAUGUAUAGACAAGCUGACAUGUUUCCCCAAGGCUAACACAUCACUGCUGCUCUCUGUCGGUUAGAGAGAUAGCAGCUAGGAUUGGAUUCCCAUUACCACUGCACAGGACUCUGUGCCUAGCACAUACCUUCCCUUCCAGAUUUUAUAAGUAUUUUUUUUCUGUUUUCCUUUUCUUUCCUUCACAUAACUCAUCAGUGUGUAGUAAGUUAGUUGGUAGCCUAACCAUGCCACCUACUGCCAGGGAUGCAUGUGCUUUUCUAAUUUCUCAUCACUUAUUUUUAUUCUAGUAUUUUCUUAAACUAUCCUCUCUGUCUCAUUUUAAGACUGUCUCUUGCUUGAUUCCAAUGACUGCUUGAAUGCUUAUAUAUUUGUUCAGUCUGUGGAUAGGAAAAAUUGUUCAUUUUUCUUUUACUUCAAAGUCUAAAUACUUGCUUAUCAUUCCUUCAUUCAUAUAAUUUCAUGGGCCAGUAUUUUGUCAAUAUUUUCUUAGCCAUCUUAAACCUUGUGAGUUUUAGUUCUUCAGGAAUGUCUUACAAAUAUUUAAAGGCCUUAAACAUUGAUUUACCUUUUUCUAAGUUAUUAUAGAAUGUAUAAUUUUAUACUGCAUUUAUUUUGUUUUACUUUUGACUGGAGGGAGAGAAUACUGGGUACUGAGUUACAACUAUGUAAUAAUACUGUGUAAGCCUGUAGUUGGAAGGAAUGUAAAGGCAAAAAUUUUUCAUGUCUUAAUUAUUUCAUCCUGAUCUAAAGAUGCUUCACAGGUCAUCCUAUUAGGUGGUCCAUCAUUUUGGUAGAAAAAAUGAAGGUAUUUUGGACUUCUUGUACUGGUAAAACUCACAAACAAUGACACUUAGCCUUUUGGUUUCUGUGAUGGAGGCUCACAUAUUCUAGAAAAAUUUUGUGUUAGUCUGUAGUGAUAUUCAAAUAUUUAGACACUAACCAGGCCCUUUACUUGGAAGAACAACUUAAAGUAUAAAAUCUGCUAAAAAUUAAAAUGGAAAACUAUAUUUUAUAAUACUGUGCUAAAGUCAACUGCCUCAUAAAUACAUGGAAUGAAGUGCUUUCUGCCUCCCUUUUAAUUGUGCAUAAAACCAAUUAGGUAGUCUCAAGUGGGUUUUGCAAUAGAUCAAGGUUAUACAGAGUUGAAAUGAAAGGAAUAACUGUUGUGCUGAACUUUCUAUGUCAAACAAAAUAUCAUUAAUUUCUUUGAAACAAAAUGGAAAAUUAUAUCAUUUUAGACAUCAUGAAUUUAUCCUAGGUUUGUUUGAAAUUAUUAAUCAUGCUUCUCAUUUUGAAAACUAUGUCAUUUAAAACAGUGCUGGAAAUUCUGUAUUAUAGAAAAGUGUAAUACAUGCAUAUCAAUAGAAAAAAUAAAUGGAAUUUCAAAUAUAUGAACUAGAUUAUUCCCAGUAGAUUAAUGUUGUGAUUAUUCAGAAAAAAAGUGAAUAAAAUUGGAAUAUAAAAUCGA